UACACUCAACAGUGUUGAACAACACGCGACCUGGUGAACGUGCAAAAAUUAAGUUCAGAUAAUAAGCGCUUCUGGUCGACUUCGGCAAAUACAAAAAGAGAGAGAAAAAAGGGGAAAAAUAAUUGACGAAAGCGGGCAAAUCGUACGAGAGGAGGGAAAAAAUUUUAGGAAACUGGGAACGAUCCUUUCCGUGAGGUGGAAAAGAAUAAAUUCGAUAAAGAGCAAUCGAUCCGAAGAUUUUUUGAACGUAAUUAUUUUCGAAAUUUAUAAAUCAUAAAAUAAAUUAAUAAAUUGAAGGAGAAAUAGAAAAAAACUCUCGAAAUUUGAAUAGUUGUGAAAUAAAGUUUGAAUUUGCAAAGAAACAUUCUUAAGAUUCUAAUUGAUCGAGAAAUAAGAAUGCUCGAAGUUGGGUUUUGAUCUCCCCUUUUCUCUCGCUCUCUCUCCCCCUCGCGGAUAUCCCAUCCUCCUGUGAAGCGGGGAUUAAAUAAUCAAGUUUGAAUCUACAAAAAGAUCCAUCGCUGCCGUUAAUCUCGAUUAAAAUCUCGGGCGCCGAGGCACCUGGGGAUUUUUUAACAUCUAACAGCUCUGAAAAGUUUCUCGGCGAAACUCGAUCGAAAGAUAAUAAAACAACUUUGCAACGAAAUAAAAGUCUCGAUUGAAUUGAACCUCGGGAGCUGAGAUUGAGAACAGUAGCUCUCGCGGAGGUGGAACAUUUCUCGUGCUCUCGAAACAGGAACAGCGAAGAUUUCGUUUCCUCGACGGCUCAAUCGUCAGGGGAAAAAGAGCGGAUAAGAGGAAGCAGGAAAGCAACGAUCGGGCCUGAGGCGAAGAGAGAACGUUUUGCCAAAUUUCACCGAUAGUUGACGAGAAACACGAAUUAUGAUUUUCGCAAGCUUACUAACGACGACAGGCUUGAUUAUUUUGACGCGGGCGUCGCCAGUGUCGCUCACGACGUAUCGCAGAAGGGACGUUCCGAUCGAGGAAGGUCAGAUGGACGAGGAGUCGAUCGACGGACUCCGCUUAGAGCCCGAACGAUUGCUGCUCUACGAUCAAAAAGGUUUUCAGGUCGUCGAUUCGUCCCCGAAAUCUCUAUACGAUCUCAGUCCUGACCACUACCCUAGAAUGUGGCGACCGAAAUUGGCAGAACUCUCAAACGAAGUGGGCCAAGCACCCGCCGACAAAAGGGGACUUCGCUCGAACUCUCUCUCGAUCGUGAACAACAUGGAAGUCCUAAGAAACCAAGUUCUCUUCGAACUGGCGCGCCGAAAGGCUCUCCAGAACCAACGGCAGGCAAUGGAAAACCGAAAAAUUCUCGAAAGCAUUGGCAAACGUUCGAUUCAGGAAAACGAGUUCCCUCAAAAUCCGUCUCGAUCGCCGGAUAAUAUUAAAAAUCGUGUCUACACUGAUGCGCGAUCGAACUCAGCCCAACACCAACAACAUCAAACUUACACGGAAAGGAUUCCCGUCGAGAGAACGCACGAAUGGUACGACAUCGAUGAUUCUUUGAUUAGAGGAAACGGCGACGACGAAACGCGAAAGAUGGUGUCGAACGAGAUACGUUUGUUGUAACGCUCUAUCAAGGAAAUAUUGGAAGAAGAAAAAUAAAGGAUCUACUUAUAAAUUAAUAAAUAAGCCCAGAGACCGAGUUCAAGAACUUCGUUAUAUGUAUUAUUUUUAAAUUUAUUUAUUAAUUAUUUUAUUCUCGCGCUAGAGUCCUGAAAUCUGACGAGCGCAGAAUAUGACUAAAUUAAAUAUUAGUAGUAAAAUUACUUCUUAAAUUAAAUAAUUUAUUUAGAAAGAAUCAGAUGAGAAGUCCGAGCUGCGCGAGCCUCCGAUUAUUUUUAUGCUUUUGCGUCGUCACCAAAAAAUUUCGUUUCUCACAAUGUAAACUUUUAACGAGAAUUUCAACGGAAUUACCUCCCGUGCGAGUUUAAAAGAUUCCCACUAAAAUAACCGAAACGAAAUAAAACAGUAUUAAACGAUGUGAUUUUUCUAAAGGGUACAAAAAAAUCUCUCCAAUAGAAACUGUUAUUUGCAACAACAACAACAAAAACAACAACAAAAACAAAAUGCCUAAAACAUUAUCUUCCGCAUCAUAUUGUAGUUAGUAAGACAUAAAAAAGUCCAAACUUUCAUAACCGUUUUUGAUUUUUUUUUAUUGUUCCAAUCGAUUCAUCGCACCUGACGAAAUGAGCCAAUGAAUAAAAAGUCCAUGCUUCCGUCUACAUUCUCUCCGAUUCCACAAGUUGCCCAAUCUCAGAGUGUUUAUUGAUCAAUCGAUUUUUCAAUCUUCUUUGACGAGCGAUAUAAUUUUCGUAAACACGAAAAUAAGAGUUGCCAAUUUCGUCAAGCGUUAACGAGACUCCCAAUCGAUUCUUCGUGGCCCCUGAGCUAAAAAGAUACACAAGAAUUAUGAAACUUCCGUUGCUUUUUGUAACAAUAUGAAAAAAAUAUUGAAAAGGAUCGUUAAGGAAUGUGAAGAACGAAAGAUGUUUUUGGAUUAUGUUUGCAAACGAUUUGAUCUGAAUAUAAAUUGAAAAAAUAAUUGAAGCUUCCUUCAAAGUUCUGUAAUAUUUUUAAUCUACUUCUAUGAUUGCUUACCCCACUGCGAUGGCCACGAAGAAUCAAUGAAAUAAAUAGUAUUAUUUUCAUUGAAAUUCCAGUGAAAAACAAUUGUUCGAAUCUCGAAAUUUCCAGAAUAUAACGAAAAAAAAAACAAAAAAAUAAAUACCUCGGCUCUUGAAGCUUUCAGCAAUGUUCGUACAUCGAUGUUAGAAAUUAGGAGAAAAAGAAAAAACAUUAAAAAAUUCGUUAUUAUACCUGUACGAGGUUCAUCUUGAACGAGAUAAAAAAUGGAAAAAGCUAAAAACGAAUUAUUAAUUAAUGCGUAGUACUACAAAUAUAAGCCACUGUAUUUCGCUCCGAAUAUCGAUGUAUCGUGUCUCUAUCUCUGUGGAAAAGUAAAAAAAAAAAAAAAAAACUAUUAAAGAUAAAAACGAUAAGAAAAUAUGAUAAACGAGGGAGAUUUUUAUUUUGAUGGUUCGUAAAAUUUGAAAAAUUCAACUGCAAAUAUAAUAUUUACAACUUGAUGCAUCCGUUGUAAAAUCUCCGUCGAUCAAAGAGGGAAUAAAUCUUCGUUGGAACGACGCACAUGAAAAAAA